ACCAGAAAAAAAAUAUUCGUUCAUUGACGCACAAUUCCCACCACCACCACCACCACCGUCCACCACCAGAAUAUACCACAAAUCCUUUUAAACCGCCGCCAUAUCGUAAGAAAAAAAACCGUUCACUCAAUGCAAUGUCUCCACAGAGAAGAUCAUCACUCUCUCCACCUUCUUCAACAACACCAACGACGACACCAACGAAUGACCUCAGAACCAGAGUAAUAACAUGCCUAAACAAACUCUCAGACCGCGACACACUGUCUCUCGCCGCGACAGAACUAGAAUCCAUCGCUAAAUCCUUGACAACACACGACGCAUUCUCGUCAUUCCUCACGUGCAUUCACAACACAGACUCCGCCACCAAAUCACCGGUCCGAAAACACUGCGUUAAUCUCUUAACUCUCCUCUCCAACUCUCACGGAAACUCCCUCUCCCCCCACUUCUCCAAAAUGAUAUCCACUCUCACUCGCCGCCUCCGUGACCCCGACUCCGCCGUACGCUCCGCCUGCAUUGAGGCCACCACCGCCAUGUCAAUUCAGAUCACCAACUCACCCUUCUCCGCUCUGUUCAAACCGCUUAUAGAUAUAAUGAGCGUCGAGAAAGAUUAUAGUUCUCAGGUGGGUUCUGCUUUGUGUUUAGCGGCGGCGAUUGAGGCGGCGCCGGAGCCGGAAGUGGAGAUGCUGAGGAAGGUGUUGCCGAGAUUAGGGAAGUUGGUGAGAAGUGACGGGUUUAAAGCUAAGGGGCCGUUGUUGAGUGUUGUUGGGAGUAUAGUUAGUGUUGGUGGUGCUAAGAGUAAGGGUGUGCUUGAUUGGUUAGUGCCGUGUUUGGUUGAGUUUUUGAGCUGUGAUGAUUGGGCUGCUAGAAAAUCCGCUGCUGAGGUGUUGGGGAAGGUGGCGGUGGUGGAGAAGGAGUUGGCGGCGGAGCAUAAAGGUGUUUGCUUGAGUUGUUUGGAGAACAAGAGGUUUGAUAAGGUAAAGGCAGUUCGAGAGACUAUGAAUCGUACGUUGGAGUUGUGGAAAGAAGUUUCUGAUGGAGUUCCAGUGAAAUCUCAAUCUAAAUCUUCUUCAAUAGAUAAAGCUAGUAGUGGUAGCUUCCAUUGUGCUUCUGAUAGUUCUCAUGGAGUUGGUCUCAUAUCUCCUCUACCAAAGAAAACAGUCUCUGCAAAUAGGUCCCCCUCAUCGGAUGCUUCUGCUGUGACCACUGCUAGAAAACAAAGCCCUUUGAAGAGUAUCAAUGACAAUACAUUGAGCAGUAAAGUGGACCACAAGAAAACAUCUGCUUGGAAAAUUGAAAUUGCCCAAUCACAAGACACGGGUGGCCUUGAAGAUGAUAUCAAGAGGCGCGAUUCCGGUGGUUUUGAAGCUCGGGAGAAUGAAAACAAUGGGAGAUGUAGGCCAGAGACUAAGCGUGUCCUUUUCAGUAGUGCCCGAGAUGAUAAGCUGCACAAAUUUAGUGGUUCGCGAUCUGGGUCACGAGUUGUUCCUUGUAAUGAUGAUGAUAACUGUUACGCUAAAGAUAUCGAAGUGAAUUAUCCUAAUGAAGAUUUUCUAGGGAACAAUAAAGAGAUUGAGGAUCUGUCGUUAAUUCGUGACCAGCUUAUUCAGAUUGAGAACCAGCAAUCCAAUCUUUUAGACCUCCUUCAGAGAUUUAUGGGAAGCUCUCAGCAUGGGAUCAACUCGCUAGAGACACGAGUGCGUGGCUUGGAGAUGGUAUUGGAUGAAAUUUCACAUGACUUUGGACUAUCAACAGGAAGGCUUCCUCAUACGGAAUCUGCUGAUAACACAUGUUGCAAACUCCCCGGCACAGAGUUCUUGAGUUCCAAGUUCUGGAGGAGAACAGAAGGUCGCUACUCCUCUCCUGGGAAUAUGCAAUCACUGAAUACAGCACGAAGCAUUCACGUUGCAGGUGCCAGCAAUGAAACGUUCGAUGCAGCCAUAGAAAGAUCUCAAUAUCAAAGUAGGGGUGGAUUUUCCAUUGCUGAUGGUCGCUAUGUAGCAAAGAGAAAUUCCGGGUUUUAUCCAGGUCAAAUGCCUAGUAACAUAGUUCAAGAUGAUGGACAAGUUCUGAGUGGGCGUGGCAUUGCUGAAGCUUCAUCAACUUCUUAUACGACACCAAGCAGAAGAUUGUUCGCUUAAUCAGCGAGAUGAAGCAUGAUUUGGCAUCGAAAAUUGAAGAUGGCGAUAAAGAUUCAGCUGGCCACAGAGCAGAAUGAACGAGGGAAACAUAGGAAGUGUUUGCACAUAUGAUUCUUAUUUAGCAUUUGGUAUGUUACUUAUAGGAAUAGGAUAGCCUUGUUGUGGAAGUAGUUUACAGGACAGCCAGAUAUGUAAAUGUUUUUCAUAUUGUCCAAA